UGCAUGGCAACAGGUCGUGCGCCGCAUCGCCCGCAGGAUCCUUAGCGUCCGCAUCUGCAAUCGUAUCCUCGGAUUCCUCGGAGACUGACUGAACUCGCGCCUUAGGCAAGCCCACACUGCUUAUUUUCGUUUUGGCAGUUGGGAUACGCAAUUAGGGGAAUUCCCGUGCAGGCGGGGGGAUUUGCGCGGGCUAAAAAAAAACCGCCCAAUCCUCUUAGCAUCCUUUAAGCGCCAAAUCAAAAGGAAACGUCUCGAGCGCCAAAGUGAAAGACAGGCGUCAGAGCGGAAAUGCGUGCCGCGCUUCUGCAAUUAGCCGGAUCCGAUGAACAGGCGGACAGGAUGCUCCUGCUGUCCUGAACGAACCCGCUUAGAAACACAGAAUGACGAGUACCAACAUCGACUACGACUACCUGCUUAAGUUCCUAGUCCUCGGCGACUCUGGAGUGGGGAAGACUUGCCUGCUCUACCAAUACACGGAUGGCCGUUUCCACACUCAGUUUAUCUCCACCGUGGGCAUUGACUUCCGCGAGAAGCGGCUGCUGUACAACUCCCGCGGACGUCGCCAUCGCAUCCACUUGCAGAUCUGGGACACUGCUGGUCAGGAGCGCUUCCGCUCGCUGACUACCGCAUUUUACCGCGACGCCAUGGGCUUCCUACUUAUUUUUGACCUGACCAGCGAGAAGAGCUUCCUGGAGACGGCCAACUGGCUGUCGCAGCUGCGGACGCAUGCCUACUCGGAGGAUCCGGACGUGGUGCUCUGCGGCAACAAGUGCGAUCUUCUGCAACUCCGCGUGGUGAGCCGCGACCAAGUGGCGGCCCUAUGCCGACGCUACCGAUUACCCUACAUUGAGACGAGUGCCUGCACCGGCGCCAAUGUCAAGGAGGCCGUCGAGCUGCUGGUGGGUCGCGUCAUGGAGCGGAUCGAGAAUGCGGCCUGCAACCGGGAGUUCUCCCUGCUGCUCACCCAGUCGCGCUGCCUGCCGAACAUCGCCUAUGGGCAACCGGAGCAGCUGCGUCUCCAUGACCGGACGGAAGAGCGCUCUCCGCGGCGGAAUUGUCGCAACUGCUAAGUCCGGAGCCCCAAACCCUCUGUUUCUCAUUCCUUCCACUUCAAUAUUGACUCUUGUUUCCAGGUCUAAGUGUGUUUCGCUGUAAAUAAAUGUUGAUUGUUAAGUAAA